AUUUGUGACACAGACUCAUCCAAGUCGCGUUCGAUCUGGUUUUACGCCGUUGAUAUUCUACUACACGUGUACACCCCCAAAGUCAAAGUCCCCCGGCCAAAAUCCUAUCCCUAAACAAAAAUGAACUCCAUCAUUUCCAAAAGCAUAACAUCAAUCUUCAGCCGCCGCCCAAACACCGGGUUAACCCAGCGGAGCUCCGAUUUACAACAAUGGCGAGGGAUCCGGGUGAAGAUAUUGAACAACAAUUUGGAAAGAGGAUUAACAUAUAUGCAAAGAAUAAUGCAAUCUAGUGGUAUCGAACGUAUGAUCAAAAAUGAACAGCUCUAUCAUAUCAAAAACUCUGAGAAAAAGAUUCUGGCUAAAAAGAAUCUGCAGCGCAGGUUGAAAUCUCAAGAUCUUGCUCGUAAACUCAAAUCCAUACUUGUUCGAAAAGUCAGGGGUUAUUGAGCAAAUAUCUCAAUAUCUAAUGGCUGAAUGCAUAAGGGGAGUUUUGAUGUUGCUUUAUAGAUAUAUAUUUUUUUGGAAAUAUUCCAGAAGUUUAUUUUGUGUUUGUUUCAUGCCAAAACUAGAGUCGGUCUACUCAAAGAGUUGGUGGAUCUUGAGAAAGGUUGUCCUGGGUUUAGGGACUAACAUCACUUUUGGUGCCUUUAAUAAUACCUAUUGGUUCUCUUUUCUUCUUUGUAA